AUGAGUAAUAGUAACAACACAAACAAAAUAACAAACUAUUUUACAUCGUCGUCGUCAUCAUCAUCAUCUUCAUCGACGGUCGAUGAGAAUAGUGGUAAUGGUAAUAACAAUGGCAACAAAAAGAGACCAUCACCAGUAUCUAGAAAUGAUACUAUAUUGGAUCCAGUUCAAUUACAAGAUCUAAACAAUUCAAAUAACAAUAACAAUAAUAAUACAAAUAAUGGUAGUCGACAAUCAACAUCACCUACUUUGUCAUAUUCUACAUCGACUACAUCAACAACAUCAACAUCAACAAUUAAACAAGGAUCAACAGUAAAAUCAGAACCAACACAACCACAACAAGAUACUAUUCAAAUUGAUUCACAAACAAAAAAGAGAUCCAAACUAACUGAAUCUAAUAAUAAUAACAAUAAUAACAAUAACAAUAAUAAUAAUAAUAAUAAUAAUAAUAAUAAUAAUAAUAAUAAUAAUCAACAACAACAAAAAGAUAAAUUGGAAGAAGAUAUUGAAUUUGAAUUUGAAGAUGAAGGAGAAGAUUCAAAGACUAUAUUUUUAGUUGGAGAACCUGGAGAACCAACAAGAGAUACUUAUAAUGGAGACUAUGUUAAAUUGCCAUGUUCAUCAAAGAAUGUAUAUAAAAAGGAGGACAAGUAUCUCAGCAAGUGGUAUCUUAUCUGCACUGUAUUCAUGAAUCCAAUCAAGAAUAGUGAAGAACUAGAAGAUGCCAUCAAAGAGAUUAACCCUCGAUGCAAUUGGAACUUUCAAGGAUUACAUGACUUUUUCGAGACCGAGUACAGUGAAGCAGAGGCAUUGGAGUUCUUUACAAAGAUCCUCCCAAAGAUUAUCAAAUUGGCACUCGAGAUGCCCAAUCUCUUUCCUCGUCCCAUUCCACUACUCAAACAAAAUGUAGAUAGAGAAAUUGUACUUUCUCAACGUCAAGUGUCUUGUCUAAUGGCAAAUGCUCUUCUCUGUACUUUUACUCGUCAAGGUCCAAAUGUCAAACAUCGAAACAACUUCCCAUCUGUCAACUUUCACUCUCUCUACUCUGCUCCCUUGUCUCCUGCUAGAUCUGCCAAACUUAAAUGUAUUAUUCAUUAUUUUAAAAAGAUUUUAAAUCAACCAAUUAUUAAAUUGGAAGAAAGUUUAAUAUCAUAUCAUAGACAAGUUUUAAGUGAUGAUGAAACACCAGAUUGGGAAAGUAGUAAAGUUUUAUUAAGAAAUCUAACUUGUUUGGCUGAUGGUACCAUUGAAGAAAAUGGUAUUGGAAUGUUACAAGUUGAUUUUGCCAAUAAAGUAAUUGGUGGUGGUGUUUUAGGUCAUGGAUGUGUUCAAGAAGAAAUUAGAUUUUUAAUUAAUCCAGAAUUAAUUAUAUCUAGAUUGUUUGUUGAAGAAUUGGCAGAAAAUGAGACUGUUAUUAUUAUUGGAACUGAACAAUUCUCAAAAUACAGUGGCUAUGGAGAUACAUUCACAUGGGCAGGAGACUUUAACGAUGAGACUGAUAGAGACUCACUUGGUAGAAGAAAGACAUCGAUUGUUGCAAUGGACGCUAUCAAAAUGUAUGGUGAUCGAUUCAAGCAAUUUGCACCAAUACAUGUUGGAAGAGAGUUGUUAAAGUCAUAUUGUGCCUUUUUCGAUCGUUUGUCUGCCACUGUUCUUUCACCUGUUGCCUCUGGUAACUGGGGUUGUGGUGUCUUUGGUGGAGACAAGCACCUCAAAUCGAUCAUUCAAUACAUGUCCUCUUCACAAGCCGGCAGAGAUCUUGUGUACCAUGCCUAUGGCGAUCCCCAGUUCUCACAGGAACUCCUCAGUAUUGUUGUCAAGCUCCAAUCAAGUGGUGCUACCAUAGGAGAAUUGUAUGACUCUCUUUGGCAAUACUAUACAUUAAUGCAACAAUCAAAAUCGAGUUUAAGUUUAUUUCAAUAUCUUGAAGCUCGUUUUGGUUAA